GUGUUCAGCCAAUUUCACAGGGUCAAUUUUUUGUUUCCAAAUCUGGGAAGGCGGUAGUAACUUCUGCAAGUUAUUUCCUUACUCAAUCCAACCCUAAUGCUAUAAAAGCAAACCUGCAAAAUACAGAAAAGACAGAAAACUUUCCACGGCCGCAAACAAAAAACCCUAGCCGCAAGCAGAAAAAGCAGAGACUUUUCAACCGCAGUCACCUUAUGAACAAUUCAUGAAUGUUUAUCCACAAAUUUCCUAUAAGCCACAAAUUCACCAGAAACUCACAAACCACAAAAUCGUAUAACAUCCAAAUAUUACCAGGAACCAUGAAUAAUAGGAAGAGCAUCUAAUUUCAAACUCGAAAAUCGUUCAUCGCUAACAACAACGAAUUCGAAUCUGUCACCAACGUUCGAUUUCGAUUUGUUUUUUGUUUCAGGCUCAUAAACAACACAACAGGUUCGUGGGAUAUUCGGAAGAGAGAAAGAGUCUUCCGACUCUGGCAUAGCAAGCAGCAGAUCAAAGUUUUCUCGUUUAAAUUCGCUCUUUCUCCGAUCCAAUCAGAGAUGGAUUCUAAGACGAGGAGUAUUAAGAAGUACACUUUCAAGAAACCGGAUUUGACAAGGCUAAGGGAGUUAGCAUCUCAUGUGACUAAUCCAAGAGAUUUUCGAGAACGUCAUGGGAGAUUACUUGACCUCCUCAAAGUGAAGGUCGAAGAUGGAAUUUUAGAGACUUUGGUGCAGUUUUACGACCCAAUUUGUCACUGCUUCACGUUUCCCGACUACCAGUUGGUCCCCACUCUUGAAGAAUAUUCCUUUUGGGUUGGCUUACCAGUAUCCGAGGGAGAACCUUUCAACGGCCUUGAACCCAGCCCCAAAAAUGCAACUAUUGCAGAAGCCCUUCAUCUCAAACCUUCUGACUUGGUUCAUCCUCACUUCACCAUUAAAAACAACCUCCAAGGCUUAACCGCCAAGUUCCUCUACCAAAAAGCCUCCGACUUUGUGAAAGCCAAAAAGACCAAUGCCUUUGAAUCUAUUUUCACCUUACUCAUAUACGGCCUUUUCUUGUUUCCCAACAUGGACAACUUUGUCGACCUCAACGCAAUUAAGAUUUUUCUAGCCAAGAACCCAGUUCCCACUUUACUUGCAAACACUUACCAUUCUAUUCACCACAGAAAUAUCCGAGAGGGUGGACUGAUUGUUUGUUGUGCACCCCUGCUAUACAGAUGGUAUGCUUCACAUUUAACUAAGUCUGUCUUCUCCAAAGAGAACUCCGGGAAAGCUUCUUGGUCUGAGAGGAUCAUGCCUCUCACUCCAGCUGACAUUGUGUGGGUCCAUGCGGGUACUAACACCGCAGGAAUUAUUGGCAGUUGUGGAGAGUUUGAAAAUGUGCCCCUUAUCGGUACGUGUGGAGGAAUUACUUACAACCCUACUCUUGCUAUGCGUCAGUACGGAUACCCUAUGAAGGGGAGACCUGACAGUCUUUCUCUGUCCAAUGAGUUUUAUCUUAACAAAAAUGAUCAUACAAAUUUGAGGAUGCGGUUUGUGCAAGCUUGGCACUCUAUUCGUAAGUUUGAUGGAAUCCAAUUGGGAAGAAAACAGAGCUUUGCACAUGAAUCGUAUACACAGUGGGUGAUUGAUAGAGCUACAGCUUUUGGUAUGCCUUAUACCUUGCCAAGAUUCUUAUCUUCGACCGUUCCAGAAAUACCUUUACCUCUACUCCCACAAACCAAGGAAGAGUACCAAGAGCGUUUAGCCGAAGCGGAACGUGAGAUACAUAUGUGGAAAAGGGAGUGUCAGAAGAAGGAUAAGGAUUAUGAGACUGUAAUGGGCUUGCUGGAGCAAGAAGCCUAUGAUAGCCGACAGAAAGAUGUGAUAAUCGCCAAGCUGAAUGAAAGAAUCAAGGAGAAGGAUGCCGCCCUUGAUCGAAUUCCCGGGCGAAAGAAGAAGCGUAUGGAUCUCUUUGAUGGUCCACAUUCUGAUUUUGAGGAUUAGUCCGCUUCAGGAGCUUGAGAGUCUCAGUUUGUUUUUCAUGUCUUUUUCUUAGUUUUUCUUUAUGUAUUUUGGAGUCUAUCCCUUGACUCAGUUUGUUAAAAGGGAAUUAUUUGUGUUUUACUUUAAAGUCUAUCUCUUGGCUUUGUUGUUAG